AUGCGCGUUCAAGAGAUUGUGGCUAUCGGCCUACUACGCGCAAGCCUCGCUGCUGCCCAACUCACCUAUGCUAGUAACCAGGUUGAGGUGAUCCCGGAUAGCGAGGUAGUAGCUGCGAACUUCCCAGAGGUUGAGGAUGUAGAACUGCGCUCGCCCGCCUUCGCCAGCCCGGACAGUGUUCCGACUACCUUUGCCAGUGGCACCAGCGGCCCAACAGACCAGGCAACUCUGGACUACUUCCUCCAGACCCUCGCCGCGCGCAACGAGUGGAUGACCUAUCAGAACACAGACUUCCAGUCUGAAGAAGGCCGCUCAAUCCCCUACGUCUACCUUUCAACCUCGAAAGGCUUUCCGACAGGAACCAGCCAGAACAUCUACGGCAACGCCAGCGCGCCCGCAAAGGUUAGCAUCUGGAUGCAGGGCGGCGUCCAUGGCAAUGAACCAGCCGGCGACCAAGCCCUGCUCGCCCUCCUUGGCAGGUUCGACGCCAAUGCCACCUGGGCAGCCUCGAUCCUCGAGAAGGUCGACAUUAUAAUGUUCCCGAGAUAUAAUCCGGACGGCGUAGCGUACUUUCAGCGGUACUUUGCGACCAGCUUCGAUCCCAACCGCGACCACACGAAGCUUGCGCGCCAGCAGACUCGGGAUAUCAAGCAGCUGAUGGUGAGCUUUGCGCCUCAUGUCGGUGUCGACUGUCACGAGUAUAGUCCUACUACGCCCUUUGGUGCCAACGAGCAGUGGGUAGAUGCGCAGGAUGGUCAGUUCUCCGCCAUGAAGAACGCCAAUAUCCAUCCCGAUAUCCGGAACAUCUCUGAAGCCGUCUUCGCGAACAACAUUGCCGCAGCCAUGGAAAGACGGGGUCUUCGAUGGGGUCCCUAUAUCGUCGGUCCCUCAGGCACAGACGACCUCGUUCUGGAAGAGACUACCGGCGACGCCAAGAUCGGAGACAGUGCCGUCGCCUUGACACAGGCCAUCAUGUUUCUCACAGAGACGCGGGGCAUCGGGCUAGCAGACCAACACUGGCAGCGCCGUGUCGCAACAGGCUUGACCAUGGUCGAGACGAUUGUCCAGACGGCAGCUGAUAGGGCUGAAGAAAUCUACUCAACAGUAGAAAACGCGCGCGCCAAGUUCAUCGCCAGCACCGACGACAUCAUCGUGACGGAGUCUGCUCGUCCGACCAACAUCACCUGGCAAUUCAUCGAAGCGACAACGGGAGAACUAGUUGACAUCCCCGUCCAAUUCCUCAACACCACACCUGUGGUAGCGAACCUGACUCGUUCGAGACCAGAGGCCUACGUCUUUUCGCGCGCGUGGGCUGAUGUUGCUGAGCGCCUGCGCGUCACUGGCGUGGAAGUCCAGACGUUGCAGUCUGACUUCCAAGGCGAGGUGGAAGCGUUCAAAAUCACGAGUGCCGAAGUGGCGCGUUCAAAGUAUGAAGGGAUUGCUCGCACGACUGUGACGACUGAGACUGUCGUCAAGGAGGUUCGGAUCCCGGCUGGGGGGUUCUGGGUCAGUACUAGGCAGAAGAAUGCGGCGCAUGCGUUUGUGACGCUUGAACCUGAAGGGAUCGACUCUUAUGCGACCUUUAAUGUUCUGCCGGUGAGCGUUGGGGAUGAGUAUCAGGUCUACCGUGUCAUGGCAUAGGCGACGAGAUGAGAGGUGUGUCUCACGUACCUUAGUUAGACAAGC